AUUUUGACUGGCUAGUAUUCAACGGCCAUUUUCCAUCUUACACACCCAACUCGUGUUCUCUCUCUCUGUUUUGUUCUGUUUCUCUGUUUUGUUCUUGGUCUGAUUCUCACCAUAGAUCCACCUACUGUGUUCUUGAUUUCUUGGAGUUCGCUUUCCCCAGUCAAAGUUUUGAUCUUUUUUUGUUUGGAGUAAUGGUGGGUGCCCUGUUUGUUGUUGGCUCAUCGGUGAUGGAUUCAUGUUUAUGUAAGGAUGCUCACACGAGGAGCAAGAAGAAGAUCCUUGGCAGUGCAAGAAAGCUGGAACUAGGGAGCUCCUUUGCUGGCUCGGGCAUUGUUUUCAGGCUUUCUUCGAAGCGUGUACCGAGGAUAGCGAAUCCGAGGAGCAAAAGGAAGCUCUUGAUUGUGAACGAGGACGUUGCUGGGAACUACGAUGAUACCUUUGGAGAUGUCAAAACGCAACUUAUUAACUAUUUUACAUAUAAAGCUGUGAGGACGGUUCUUCAUCAGCUCUACGAAAUGAAUCCUCCCCGGUACACUUGGUUCUAUAAUUACGUCGUAUCAAACAGACCAACCGAUGGUAAACGUUUCCUCCGCAAACUCGGCAAGGAAAAUCAGGAGCUUGCGGAAAGAGUGAUGAUCACGCGGCUCCACUUGUAUGGCAAGUGGAUCAAGAAAUGCGACCAUGGGAAGAUAUACCAAGAUAUAUCCGAUGAGAACUUGGCGUUGAUGCGUGAACGCCUCAUGGAGACCGUGAUAUGGCCUUCUGAUGACUCCAGCUCAGAGUUAAUUGGCUGAAGAAGGCUUUCACACUACAGCCAUUUGCUUUCAUCAACUCGCUUCAUAAUUUUAGGACCUUGAGUUUCUUUUAGUUUGAUUUUACAUAUAAGAUUACAGUCAUUGAGCAUUGUGUAUAUGUGUCUAUUAUUUCUUGGCAUGUACUGUUUAUGAUAUAUAAGGGGGGAAGAAAACUAUACCCUGCUUGGGCUCGUAAA